AAAGCGAAAGCUGGUUAGACUUCCUGGUUCCUGAGUUGUUUGCGCUGAGUCCUUUUUUCCCUGCGAGUGCUGGCAUUAAUUACUAAUCCUUUUAAAACUUUUUUCUACAAAUAAUUUUCCAGUAUCCUCUUCAUUUUUAUUGUACUGUCGCUUUCCUUUUUGUACUUUCCACUUUCACUUUUAUCACAUUUCAUCAGGCAGAAAAUCAGUCAUGGAUCCAGCUGGCUGUGUGGCUCCUCAAGAUCUGGCGAUGAGACCGGUCAGGUGUCCACCUGGCCUGGAGUACCUAACGCAGGUCGACCAGCUUCUCAUUCACCAGCAAGUGGAACUGCUUGAAGUCAUUUUAGGAUGGGAGUCCAACAACAAGUAUCUGGUGAAGAACACACUCGGGCAGCAGGUCUUCUUCGUGGCCGAGGACAACGACUGCUGUAACCGGAACUUCUGCGGAUCGCUUCGCUCCUUCGUCCUCCACAUUCUGGACAACAUGGGGCAGGAGGUGAUGACGCUCACGCGACCGCUACGCUGCGACGGCUGCUGCUGCCCCUGCUGUCUGCAAGAGCUCGAGGUGCAGUCUCCACCGGGCAUUCCUAUUGGGUACGUGAUUCAGACGUGGCACCCUUACCUGCCCAAGUUCACCAUUCAAAACGAGCAGAAGCAGGAUGUUCUGAAGAUCGUGGGGCCUUGCUGCUCCUGCAGAUGCUGUUCCGAUGUGAAUUUUGAGGUUAUCUCAUUAGAUGAAAAGGAGUCCGUGGGCCAGAUCAGAAAGCAGUGGACAGGCUUCGUAAAAGAGCUUUUCACCAAUGCUGACAAUUUCGGGGUCACCUUCCCGAUGGACCUGGACGUCAAGAUGAAGGCUGUGCUUCUCGGAGCCUGUUUUCUCAUCGACUUCAUGUUCUAUGAGCAUAGCGAUUGAAAAAGAAAAAAAAAAUCUGAGCAGGACUUCAUUCCUGGUUUCACCAGAUGAUGUCCAUGCUUCAGAUCUAUAAGAAGCGAAACAUACAGUGGUGCUUGAAAGUUUGUGAACCCUUUAGAAUUUUCUAUAUUUCUGCAUAAA